AUGAGUAUUCUGUGGCUUACUUGUAUCGUUGUAGUUGCAACAAAUGUUGCUUCUGGUCGUGCUGCUAUAGUGGGAUAUGAGACUGAGAUUGUGCGUGCAGGUGAUUUUAGCAAAGGUUCGUACCAUUGGGCAAAAUACAUCGAAGGAACCGGACCGAAUACCCGUCGCAUAUCUUCCUUUCGUGAUGGAAUUGUACACCAUGAGGAACUCGGCUUCAUGUCACCAUUUUUUAGCAGUGAUAACAUAAGUUGGCAUGUUUCACCAUUUGGAUUCCUAACGUCUCUAUCGUUUCCCCCAUGUUCAUCAUCUUGUGUGAGAACCACACUUCGCUCACUGCGUAAACAAAGUGAGCAACCCAAGAGCAGUGACCGUUUCUUGCCAAUGAUCGGAGUGUACGUUGCAGAUUUUAGUCCUUUCACUAAAGUGUUUACUUUUAAAACGCGGUACCCAAACGAUGAACGCGCAGAGAGUGGGGGAUGCCACAUAGUGGAAUAUAGAAGUAUGCUGAUGCAUGGUUGCAGCUCCAGCGAAAAGAGUAGACUGAAAGCACAGGUGGAGGUUUGCUCUGACGGAUUGAUAGUGAUGCGUUACAGAGAGGUGCCGAAGUGUGGUCCUGUUUCUGUGGGCAUUGCAUUGUCUGCAAGAGAGCAAAACUUUACAUUUAUCGACUCAGACCUUGAGGAUAUUGUUGCCAUACGUUACAGCCCCGUCCACGACAACUGCAGUAAGUUCAGUACUAACCGAAGUUGCAAUGAUAUGCACGGAAGGUGUAAGUGGCAUGAGACUACGGACGAAUGCGUGGAUGAAUCAGUCGCAAAAAGUAGAUCUCCCCGCCGGACGCGCAGUGAAUCAAUACCAGCAUCUAAUGAAUACUACGAUCUAAAAGUCUCGCGCAGUUCCCGCAAUGUAGACUACGACGACCUCCAGAAGCACUUCAAAUUGCUUACAGUGGGAAAAGUUGUUGGACUUGACCUAGGGUUUAGUUUCCCAUUCUUUGCUAGGGAUCAGCCGAAUCUCCGCACGAAUAGGGUGUACAUACACUCAUCUGGUGUAAUUUCACUUUUUUCUGAGAAGCAAAACUGCAAGCCAGUCCGAAACAUGUGCCCUAAUGGAGAUUACAGCUUUGCCAUUAUGCCGUUUGUCACACCGCAGACUUGGGCGAGUAGAACGUCGGUUGAAUACAGUCCACUUGGAAAACGGGUAAAGGGGGAUCCAUUCUGUAAUGAUUCCCACUGUCUGGAGGGAAUUGCCAUUCGUGUAUCAAGCCGGACGUACGACUUGUCCCUUCACAAAUAUCAACAUAUUGUAUACCUUGACCAAAGUGGCGCCAUCGAGUUUCGAUACAGUGAAGGUAUUGAAACCUUUUUAGUGUUGACUGGUAAGGAGUUUUCUGCUGUUCCGCCACCAUACAUUGGAAUAUCUCGGUCCGGUAUAAAUGAUAAAAACACCAUUAUUGUUCCUCCAUCCCUUAUAGGUGAGGACAAGCAGGUUCGUUUUGACACCUCACAGAGCUGCAGCCACUGUGGAGCCAAUGGACGAUGCGUCUCUCCAACAGGGAAAUGUGAAUGUUUUGAAGGGCAUAUUGGGAAGUUCUGUGAGGAGUGCUCUCCAGGCCAUUACGGUCCGAGUUGUAUUAAAUGCCGGAAGUGCGAGAACGGAGGGACUUGUGACGACGGUAGAAAAGGAUCUGGGGGGUGCAAAUGCAUGGGAAUGUUCAGUGGAGAGAAUUGCACCACGAAGUGCGCCAAUUCGUUUGACUGCAGUAAUUGCAACCUCCAUGGGGGGUACUGCGAAUGCGGCACUUGCCAUUGCUAUGGAACGAAUGGCUGGAGUGGAGAAAACUGCAGCGUUUUUCAAGACCCCUGCCAGCGACUGUCGUUUGGGGGUUGUAAGGUGUGCCUAAACGACACGGCCAACGAAUGUGCCUUCUGCAGCGAUUGGAUGUGUUAUUCGAAGCGCUUGAAAGGGACAAUGAAUGAAUACCAUUGCCCCGGUAAUAUAUUCGAUGAGGACCCGUCACUUUGCUUACCCCUGCCGCAGCCGGAUGCGCCAAUGAAGGAAAACGGCAUUGCUAUACCUCUUGGUCUUUCAUUGUGCGCUCUUUUUUUGGCCUGCGUUACGUUGAUUCUACUCCGAUUUGUCCUUUUGACGAGGGGAAUCGUUAACUUUCUUGAUGUGGGUGCUGCGGGAGGUGCCCCAAGUCAUGUUCCCGCACGCCGCGAGAGAGAAGUGGUACAAUUUACGUUCAUACCGCGUGCAGCAGCGGAAGGAAAGAAGUAUGUACUUGGGAUUCCGCUGAAGCAGAUACCAUUGCAAAAACUAUACAAUUAUCAGGAGGCUCAGAGAGAACGACAGAACCAAAGUCAAGAUAGUCCCUUUACUUUUACUCACUCAUCUGACCGUGAGUGA